UUGGCCUUCACCUGAACAAUUAAAUCAGAUAACCCAAACAUUAAUGAUGGAUGUGUUCAACCUCGGCUGUAUUUUAUUUUAUUGCCUCACUCCAGAGCAUCCAUUUGAGAAUCAGCGGAUAUAUAUCUGCCGAGUAAUAUAAGGCAUAUGCAGCUUCUGCCUGACUUUCCAGUGUUGAAGAAUUUACUUCUUGCGAUGCUAAAACCUGCUCUUAAGGAUAGGAUCAAACCUAUGGACGUGGUCUUCCAUCCUUUGUUUUGGAGUCCCCACAGAAAGCUUGCUUUUCUUAUUCAUGCGAGCGAUUAUAUACAAGCUAAGAGACAAACGAUGACAAAGUUCUUCAUAAACAUGAGAACAACAAAAAUAAUCAACGGAAAUUGGCUCGCAAAGAUACAAAAUAAUGAAAUGCAUAAGGCAGUCAUAGGAUUGGAUGGCAAAUAUGAUUACGAUAGUGUCCUUGAGUUGGUCAGAGCGAUUAGAAAUCUAGCUAUCCACGAGGCAAACUGGAAACCAUCAUUUAAGGCAGCUUUCCGUACCCAGUAG